AUGGCGAAGGAACGAGACGGAUCUUCUUCUCUACCUGCAGAAGAAGUGGACGGAGGAGAAGAGAGGCGCCGCCACGGAAGGUCCAGGAAGAGGAAGGAAGGGAGUAAUGAGGACAGGGACGGGGACUCCGCGGACGAGAAGGAACGAAGCAGCCGGAAGAAGAGGAAGCAAGGACAUCACAGAAGCUCGCGCAGGGUUUCGAGAAGGAGCCGGAGGAGUAGCUAUGAGAGCGAAUCCGACGAAGAUUCUUCCACCUCCGCUUCGUACUCGGAGUCGUCAUCUGAUGAUUCCAUUAGCGAUUCGGACCCGUCGUCUGGCUCGGGUGGUAGCGAAGAGGAAGAGAGACGCAGGAAGAGGCGCAGGAAGGAUAAGGAGAGAAGGCACGAGAGGGAAAGGCGCAGAAAGGAGAAGGAGAGAAGACGGAGGAAGAAGAUAGACGAGAGGAAGAAGAAGAAGCAGAAGAAGAAAGAGAAGACUACAAAGAAGAAGGAGAAAGAUUUGGGCAAAAAGGGUGCAGUGACCAAUUCUUGGGGAAAGUAUGGAAUCAUCAGAGAAACUGAUAUGUGGUAAGCCAUCAAGCUCACAUCCCUUUUCUUUGCUGUUGCCACGGUUUCUUCCAAGCCACAUUGGCAUUAUUGCCAUUCUCGGGGUUGUUCCCCGGAUAUAUUUCUUCUUAUUUCCAUCAAAAUACUGUGUUUGUUCAUAGUUGUAAUCGGCUCAUUUUUUGACGCCCUUUACUACGUGUUGGACUUAAAAUGUGUGCUAGAUGCUUCUUCCAUUCAGUCAUAUUGUCAAUCUUCCGAUAACGCUUUACGUAUUUCACUAUUUAUUUGCCUUUCCCCCAUCUCCUUUUAGGAAAGUAGUCCUAGAAUUCAUCAAAAUCGCUUGUUUAAUGAGUUUGAAGUUUGACAUUUAUUUUAUAAUUUUAAUUCGGAACACCGUGGGGGUGAGAGGUCGCUGAGCGUUAUUCUCCCUUCAAUUUGUAGGAAUAAACGACCAGAGUUUACUGCAUGGCUAUCUGAAGUUAAAAAGGUAUUUUUCCUACUAUCUGCACACAUGGAAUUGAAAUUUAAUUUGUCCAUGUUUUACUUUCCUUUAUUAUUGUUUAUAAUUAGUUAAUACUAUUUUUUAUGAGCAGACAUAGGUCUUCACGUUGUAGUCUUUUUCUUUUCUUUUUUGCAUUUUAGGUUACCUGAGCCAAUCGUGGUGAAUUGAAAUGUUAAAGACAUGUUCAUGCGGUUAACCAGAAGGGAAAACCUUUUCUUUAAUUUUAAUUUUUUGACGAUCAACAGCAUGUGAUUCUUAUAGGGAUAUUAGAGAAAAAUGGUGCCACGAUGAAAACAUGUUGUUCCUUAGCAUAUUGUUGGAAUUAAAUUUUGCUAAUUCAUUAAGGGAAAGAUGUAGUGGGACGAAAACCUCUUUGGAAAUCCAGGAGAGGUGCUUCAUGCAAAAGGAAGUGCACUGUUGUGGCUUGUUAAAAGUUUCCUUGUGAUAAUCUAUCUCAUGAUGUCCCUCGCUUCAAUUGCAUUAUUGUGCUACUAAUUUAUUGAUCUUUUCCUUUAGGUUAACUUGGAGUCUUUAGCCAAUUGGGAGGAGAAGCAAAUGUUCAAAGAGUAAGUAAUGAAACUACCAUUUCUGCUGUACCUUUUCAAUUGUGUAUGUCAAUAAAUAUGUGAAUAUUGUUGAAAUGUGUUCAUGAAGUACUUUGAAUAAGUUUGAUGAAGUUUCCCACAAUCUUUCUACAGAUUCAUGGAGGAUCAUAAUACCGCUACAUUUCCUUCAAAGAAGUGAGGUUCUCGAAUUCGUUUUGUUUCUGAUUCUCACUACUUUACACACUUGGCUAUUAGAUAUCUUAGAGAGGAUUCAUGACUGUGACAACACCAGUAUAUUUUUCAUUUUCGUUAUCAAACUCUGUAAAGAUAAUUGCAUGAUGUUUUAGAAUAUCUCACUUUAAUACACUUUAUAUCUGCAUUUUCUGUCUGCUUUGAAGUUAUAUAACAGGCGUUUUGAGCAGAUUUUUAUCUAUUUUCAUUCUGCUGCCUCAGUCCGUACGGAUGUAUACAAAUUAUUCAUUUCUUGUUUUUUGGUAAUUUCUGGUGUAUUAUUUUUGUUCUCAAUGGCUGAUUGAGGUCGAUAGAUAUGUUUUAUAGAAAUUUACUUCUAUCUAGUAUCGUUUUUCCCGAAUUCCAGGGAAAGAAAUAUUUUCGCUUGGUUGAGAGAGCUAAAUUGUGUCGCUUUUACAGUUUUUACUUGUGCUAGUUUGUUUUCUGACCGUAUCAAGAGAAAACAACUGGUUUAGUAGCAUUUGGAUCUGCUCAUCCCCGUUCAGAUGGAAUGAGGUUUUGUAUCCUGAUGAUCCAAAAUCGAGGAAUGAUCAGCAUUGAAAAUUGAGUAGAAUUUUAAGUGAUGUUAUGCCAUAUACAACUAUCUUCCUUUUUGAGGCUGUGAUACCGUCAUAUACCUUCUUCUACCCGUCUGGUCGUCUCCAUCCCGUCUGUCUUGUCAAUCCGGCAAUCCUUUGCUUGGCUGUCCUCCCCGUCCACCUCCUCCCUCCAUCUGGUGAUCCAAACCCGUUCUCAGUAGCCCUGCACAUCGCGCCCCCCACACACACACAUAUUUUCCCGUCCACAUCCUCUGGCUGUUUCGGUAACCUUCUCACACCUCCCGUUGCUGGCAGUCAGUCCUGGCAAGCGGCUGGGUGGACCAAGCUAGGCUUAGGCUUUAUGGCUUCUUUACCUCCCCGGUUCUGGACCUUGUGAAGAUUGCCAUUAACUGGCGGGAUUUCUGAGGCCUGGGCCUUUUGACACUGAUAGUGAGACAUUGGCUUGAUUGCGGCACCAGAUACAGAGAGUUAUUGUUCUGGAUUGAUUCUGAAUAUAUUGCAAUCUGAAUUUGAUACUAUACAAUGGGUUGCGUCUUUUUAGAGAUCAUACUAAUCGAUGUAUAAUGAGAAUCUUUUCAGAGUUCUAAUUUUUCUGUCAUUUAGAAAACGAUUAGCAUGUCACGUGUCCAAAUAGAAAACGAUUAGCUUACCUUCUGAACAAAUCCAAUCGGCUUGCAUCAUCUAUGAAAUUCGGACAUCUUUACUAAGUAUACUUUCGAUUUAAUUUCUUCAGAUAUUAUGAUUUGGAUGCUUAUCAUCUGCGUAUGAUGACUAAAGACAUCAAGAAGGCCUCCAAGAAACACGUAGAGAUAGAGCGUACAGUUUUCAAUGACGAAGAGCUGCGCAGGUACAAUACUUGAUUCGCUGUAAAGAGUUCUCCUCGCUUUUAAUUGUGUAAUCAUAUGAGAUUUUGUUCCUGAGAUUCAUGCUCCUGUCAUCCUCUAACUUUUUUUACAUAUCUAGAGAAUGACUUAAGGCACAUAAUUGAACUUCAUCUAGUGAUGGACGAAAUCAUCAUCGAUUUCACCUUUGCUAGUGUUCUUGCUUACCUUGAAGUUGUCAUGAUUUUCCUUGCUACAUAUCAUUCCUCUUUACUCCCUUUAGUAUACUUGUUUGUUGAAAAGCAAGAGGGCACCGAAGUUCAGUAACUCUGUUUGCACUUCAACAUAUUCUUGAUUCAUAAAUAUGACAUCAUUGUUGCUGUGGGGGGAUCUAAGAUACUGACCACGAGGGAAGAAAUUGGUCCCUUGAAUUUAGUGAGUUUAGACUAUCCUACAAAGUUGGCUUCUAGAAUCAUCACGCACAGGAUCAGGCACAACACAGUUUUUGGUCUAGUGACUGUAAUCUCUUAGGGGUUUCUCACCCUCAGGAACUUCUAAAUACCCCUGCAUGUGCUUACUGAAGUUCACACUUUGACCUCACUAAUUCUCAGUAGGUUUCCGGCCCUAGCCACAGUUUCCUUUACAGAAUAAUAACAAUGAAUUUGAAGGUGCCGCCUUUUCCCCUUGGAGCUCGAAGUGUAUUUGAAAAGAGAGGGAGGGAGGGGGGGAAAGCGAGUUAGAGUGAGAGAGAGAGAGAGAGAGAGAGAGAGAGAGAGAGAGAGAGAGAGAGAGAGAGAGAGAGAGAGAGAGAGAGGAACCUUGAUGAAUUUUGGUAAUGAUUUAAGAUUUCUCAUCUUCAGUAAGUAUAGUGUAAUGAUAGGGAACUUUUAUUUAAACGCCUCAAAUCAAAUGCAUUUAGUAGGGGAUUCAAGAACCUCUAGCAGUUGGCUCCAACGGCCUCCCAAUUUACUAUCAGUCUCCCGAUUGCUACUUUUUUUGUUGCAGUAAGUCUUCUCUCUUUCAAUGCCUAAAGGGAGUCGGCUCCCUUCCUAGGAAAAAAUUGCAUGAAAAUAAUAGAAUCGAAAAUUGAUCCCCAAUUUACAGAGCUUACGUAUACGAAAUGAUUUCAUUUAUUAAAUUUUAUACUAUAAUAAUAUUUUAAAAUUAUAUGAUUAUAAAACUACAGUUCUGUUAAGUCAAAAUACAUGAUGUAAGACCAAAAUUAAAAUUGUAUAUGAAUACAAGGUUAUUAGAUGAGUUUGAUUUUAUUGACUCAAAAAUCUACAGUUAGCUCUGUUCCUCCUGGUUCUGCAGACAGGCUUAAAGAUUAGUUAUUUUGCCUUCUGUUUAUUUACCUCGGUAUAACCCCUCUUACUCCCAAAAAAAUCACGCAGCAGUUAACAACAGAGUAUCAAUUUUUGUGGAAAAAAUAGUCCGUAGAGGACUUUACUAAGACCAAAUAUCCAUUGCUCAAACCUAAUGCUGGCGUAAUGCAUUACUUUGGGAUUAAGUACUCCCUGCACCUGUCACGAAACGUUCUGGUUUUCAUCAGUUUAAAUGGUUAUUGCUAAUUUGAUUUAAUAUAUAGUUUCUUGAGUCUAAAUGGUGAAUACCCGGAAGUAGUUAUUUCAUCAGGAAAGUUAACGAGUCAUCAUCAUGCAAUGCUUAUACUUGGAAGCUUGAUAUUAACCCUUCUUGUUUUUUAUGUGUAAGUUGCCCGCAAUGAGUUUAUUUCUGAAGAAAUUUAAAUCGGGAAGGCUGUUUUCUACCCCAGAAUUAAGUGGAUUGUCUACCCAAAGAAAGUGAUGAACUUGGUUCUCAUCAUAAAAUAUUUAUUGCAGCUAUUUGUUCAUUUUUCAACAAUAAACGUAUUCAGUUGAUUUUUUAAAAUAACAGUAAGCAUGUCCUGUAAUUUUUUGUUGAAUCGAGUAAAUUUGUGUGACAUCAAAAUAUCCGUCUAUCAUGCGCAUAGAAUUAUCAGCAAAAAAAAGCAUAUGAGAUGGAAUGGACAUAGGAUUAGAAUUUGCUUUCGUGAGGCAAAACUUGAGUCGUUCAUUAAAUUCAGUUGGUAUGCAAGAGGAAAGAUUUAGACCAUAUCCCUGUACUUUCAUUUUCUUGCAGUUUGAAGGAUCUUUUAUUUUUUCUUUUCUGCAGACAAGAAUUGAUGAAAGCACGUGAAAGACAGAAGGAUGAAGAGGUUGAAGCACUGAAACGUUCUAUGCAGACUGGAAUGGUAACGAAAACCCACAACCUCUAUGCUGCUUUUUGUCAUUUCCUCGUUGAUAAAAGUGUCUGUGUGGGCGUUGUUACCUUACCCCGCACUUCCUGUUUUUAUGUGAAGCUGUUGCGUCAUUUUAUACUUUUCUCAUGAAUUUCCAUGCUUUCAAUGAACAGUUUUCAGCUUUCAGUUUUGCUUGAAUGUAUUACAUUUCUCGUGUUUUUAAUUAUCUGAUGUUCAUAAUGGGAUUAAGAAGUUUGGAGAGGGAUUUCUAGAUUGGGGAGAGAGUAACAGAUCCCAGAACCCACCUAAACAUCUGAAUCGUCAUUCGAUGUUCUUCAAACGCUGGUUUAUUUUCCGUUAAUGCGUCCUUGUCAAUACAGUUUUCUAUAGCCUUGUUGUUACUAAUGAGUCUAAGGAUCAGUAACCUCUUGACUCACAAAUCCAAGUCUCAGAAUUGCCAAAAAUGACUUGAAUUCGGUCUAUUAUUUUGGUAUUCUCCUAACUUUUUGGACGAUCGUUGAUUAUUCAUUAGGCGCAAGCGAUGAAGGAGCAAGCUCAGUUGAAGGAAGAAAUGGCCUACCAGUACAAAUUGGGAAAUUUCGAGGUCUCAAGAACUCCCCUUACCCAUUCUAUUUAUCCUCAUGGGGCUCUCCUUGGCGAUUCCCACUCACGGAUUAUUACCCACUUGUUUGAUCAGGCUGCGGCUGCAAUUCAGAGGAGAUUGGACCCCGAUAUCGCCAUGUGA